AUGGGUUUCAUCAAGCCUGGAAAGGCACUUCGGCGUCUGAGGUCAAUGAAAAAGGAAAAUUCCAGGGGUUCAACUUCAGACGAGAGUCCAUACAAGAAAUCACGCUCAAAUACACCGACUCCAGAGGUUUCGAAGAUAAUUACAGAUAAAGUAGACGAUAGAGUAAUAUCCUUUCUUGAAAGAUUCCCAGAUGACAUAGCCAUACGAAUAUUUGUUUGUGCUGGGCCAGAUAACAGCUUGCCGUUGCUAAAUAGAAGAUUCCACAGUCUUUUCAAAGUAGACACUAAGGCUGAAAACAAAAAGAUAUGGCCCAAUUUGUCACUAAUUUUGCAAAUGAUACGUUCAUGGUAUUUGUUUGAUUUGAACAGUCGACUAGAUUUUGGCGUAUUGAAAAAGAAAAUGGCAUACUACCAUAAACGAUUACAAGACAUACAGCUGCGAUGGGAUCAACAACAUGAUCCUCAACUCUUGCGGAGAAAUCACUGGCACAAACAGGUAUCUCUUACGCUACUUAUUACGCAGCUGAAUAUAGAAGAUUUCGAGAGUGACUGCUUUGCCUGUGCAAUUAACGAACAGAUACUUAAAUUGAAGUUCAUCACCUUGCCAAUCUUGGAUGAGCUCUUCCAUUCGAGAGUUAUGGUCACUGGUAAUAUAGCAGGAAAGGAGACUAGCUCUAGAGCAUCUAUCAUUACGUACGACAACUAUUUGUCAGAAAUGAAGUCCCGUUUGAAAUUCUUGAGGAUAAAAUUUCAAGAAAUUUCGUUCUGUUUUGAGAAGUUGGAUCAUGCUGUUGUCUGUAAUUUUGAAGAGUCCGACAGUUUGAGUCAAGACUCGGACAGAUACUUGACGCAGCUCCAACAGCAUGAGGAAAUCAUAUUGGAAGGUAACCAUCCAUUGGUAGAAUAUGAUGACGAAAAUAGAAUACCUGGAAAAGAUCAGAUCGAGUUCCAGAACGUAGUACAGAAUGCAGAUUCGUUCAAAACAUUUGCCUUUAAUUCCAUUAUCGUUUCUGAUAGUAAACCCCUACCUUCUUGGAUAUUACGGAAAGGAAUUACCAGUAUCAGAAUAUUUCAAAUAGUCGAACGGAUGAAAUCAUUUGGUUAUUCUCUUUCGGAAUCAGAAAGUCUUUUAAGUGCUUCCUUAGACAACUUCCGGCCAAACUUAAUUGAUUUGAUAAACACAAGAGAAAUUUCACUUGCAAACUUAGUUCUUUUAGGUCCAAUGUCGAAAGUGACUGAUUUGAUGGUAAUCAAUGCGUUUGAAUUGUUCAAUAUCUAUGAGCAAGAGGAUUGUUCAAAAUUUGGCCGAAACUACGCUGGCGAUACCGUUCCUGAGGACAUCUCCAAGUUGAUCUUGAACUUGCUACAGAUAUACUACAACAGUGACCAUUGGAAUGAUACAGCUCUCUGGAUCUACGUGGUAGAAAUCAAGAGUUUUAGUCUUGUACAGGUGCUCAUGAAAUUUAACGAAAUACCUCCUCACGGCAUCAUAGGAAGCAUGAUGUAG